GGAUACCUGCAUCAAAAUGUAACACCAAACUUAAUUCAGGAGCACAUAUUUAUAGCAUGUGCAACACACCAAGUACUGAUUCAGUGCGUGAUAUCCCUGCCACAAAACGGGGAAUACGAAGAUAGCACCCUUAGCCAUCCUAUCACGGAGUACCAUAAUGCUUGCGUAGAAGUGUGCAAUGAGUUGUUACAAGUGGGAAUUUAAUUUGGGGUUUAAACCUAACAGCUCUCUUUCAGAUAUCGAAAGAAAAAACAUGCCCACCAUUUCUUUCUCUUUCAUCAGUUGCCUCUUUUAUCAACUACUGUGCAAGAUACUAGAAACUACACGAUAUAAUUGUUGCAAUAAAUACUCCUUUCAUCCCAGAAACGCCAGGCAAGUGUACAUCCAUGCUUGACUGUCUAAUGGUCACUACUUCCAUCGUCAAGGUCGCAGCGGAACCACCAUGGAUAUAAAUUGAUGAGAGCCCAACCUGAGAACUGCAACUGCAAGCUAAUGCAUCCAGGCUCCGAUAUGUCUUCCUUAAAAGAGCCUCUGCUGCCUUUAGUCCAGAGCGACGGAAAGUACUCCUCAAAGAAAGACAGAAGAAAAUCUUGUGAUGUUCCAACCAGGUGUGCGACUUCCUUUUGCCAAAACAGUAAGAUCAAAGCUAAGUUCUAUACUCCCAAUCACCCACCGCCCACUAACAAAAGCACCAAUAUAUUAUCCCCAAAAAAUUUCCAGCGGGUACACUCAUCCCCUUCUAUAUUCACAUCAAUCAAAGAAGCUCCCUGUGUGGAUGAGAUUGAUGACCAAAGCCAUGCAGCACAAUACACACCAUCAAUUGCAAGGCAGGCUAUUGUUAGCGUCAUCUUAUACAUCUCAAUAGGAGUCCUCGUGUACAUGACAAAUGUCGAAGGCUUCAAGGGAAAAUCCACUUUCAAGUUAGUGGAUGCCCUUUACUUCACCAUCAUAAGCUUGUGCACCAUAGGAUACGGUGACAUAGUCCCUUGCACUAACUUCACAAAGGUUUUCACAUGCUUGUUCCUACUAGUUGGCAUUCGCUUUGUUGACAUUACGCUAAAUGGGUUGUUGACAAAUGUGCUUGACAAGCAGAGGACAGUUCUACUUAGCACAAUGGAUGAUAAUAAGCUCAACAAAGUAUUCGACACAUAUAUGAUCGAUGUUAAAAGGAAAAAGUCAAAAGGGAGGAUGAAAGUACUAGUUGCUUUAGGGGUUGUAGCAGGCUCUAUCUCAAUUUGCACAAUCAUAGUACAUGAAGUGGAGGGCCUAAGUUGGAUCGAUAGUUUCUAUUUAUCAGUCAUUUCUGUUACAACAGUUGGAUAUGGGGACUAUAGCUUCUCAACAACAGCAGGAAGGCUCUCUGCCACUGUGUGUCUGUUGGUAAGCACUUUGGCAGUUGCGAAGGCCUUCUUGUUCCUAACAGAUCUAAGGAUGGACAAAAGGAACCGGCGGACUACAAAAUGGAUCCUCCAGAAGAAAAUGGACAAUGAGCCACUUGUUGCAGACCUAGGCAAUGAUGCUGCUGUAAGCAAAUCAGACUUCAUGAUCUACAAGCUCAGGGAGAUGGGGAAGAUUGAUGAGAAAGACAUCGCAAUGAUCUCAGACCAGUUCAGCCAGCUAGACUUAGCAAAAUGUGAAAAGAUCCCUCUUGCAGAUAUAAUUGGAAAAUUAUGAGUCUGAUGUCUGUAACUUAGGAACAUCCCAUACCACGAUGAUAGAUAUACUCUUAUACUUUGUUAAGUAGUAUGCAUUUGUAUGGGUGACAUAUUCAAUACCCUUGCAUAUUACAAGUAUUCAAAUAAAUAAUCUGUUGCAGUUGAACUCAAAUCUGAAAGUCAUGUAUUUCUGUAUUAUGGUUGAACUAAAAGAUCAUAAGCUGGUGAUCUGCAUUCAUCUCCAGAAAGUCUUUACAUAGGGGGGAAAACAAGGAAGAGAGACAAUGAACAAUUGAUAAGAUAUAGUAACGAAUACUAAGAUAGUCUCAUACAGGGCAGUACCUGACAAUCUGAUA